CCAGAAUUAAAAAGCUGGAAGAUGCAGAUAAUGAUCGUAGAGUUAGAAUUACGAAAUUGGAACUGAAGCUGAUAUCUAAGAAAAAUCGUAAAUUCCAGAAUAAAUGUAUUCAGAUGGCUAUGGAAAUUCUUAAUGAGGGACCGAUAAUUGAGUAUCGGCCUCCUUUCUUGAAUGGGUUAGAACUUGAUGCUUUCUUCCGCCAUCAUCGAAUCGGAUUGGAGGUGCAAGGAAGCCAGCACCGAUUCCACAACACUGGCUGGUAUAAGGAUGUUAAAAAACUCGAAGAUAUUGUUAAUCGUGAUCGUCUAAAAAGAUGCAUGUGUCAAGAUAACGGAAUUUUUCUUCUCGAGGUAUGGUAUGAUGAAAAACCAGAAAUAGUUAUCCCUGAAAGAAUACAAAAAAUUAAAAGUUUCGUUAAUCAAGCUUCCAAAUUUUUCGAUCUAUAA